GAAGUGUUUGUCGUGGUUUGUCGGCUAUCGAAAUAAAACAAUGCACAAUUUAAACGUCUAAACUACAUGGGAAAUGAGCCAAGGCGCGGCCCUGACCCGCAGUCGGGUGAGCAGCGAGCAACUUGAACUCCUUCUGUCGUUUAUGGAAGAGCACCCCGACUUUGCAGCCAGCAAGCAGUCGGUCUAUUCCAGACUCAGUUCGUGCAAGCUUUGGCGUUUGUUGGCUGAAAGGCUGAACGCCGUUGCCCAGGAUUGUGGUGGCGCGAGAAAAUCGCCGGACAAGUGGUGUCGUUACUGGGCAGACAUCAAAUACAAGGCGCGCAAGAAGACAGCGGCCGGCGGAGCCCUAGGAGACCUGUCCAGUGUUGAUGAGCGCUUGGAAAGGCUGCUCGGGAGUAGCGCAGCGUCUUCAAGCGGACGGCGACAGAGUUCCGACGACGACCGCAAGCCGGGCAUAGACGACGACAUGUGUUCCGAGGGUUCCGCCCCGGCCACGGAAGGCAAGCUGUCGACUGAGGAACUUCUCGCUGAGGCGGCCAUGCGCAGCGCCCUAGCGGCCGAGAAGCAAGCGGAGGCCGUAGCCCAAGGAGUGGAACUGCUCAGAGACCUGGUCGCCAUACUGCGCGAGAGGCCGCUCGCCGCUCCCAAUCUACCGCCAGAACAUCUGAUGCAUCAUCAUCAUCGACUAUGAUGUGGCUGUUAACUUCUAAACUGUAUACCACAAAAUGUUUCCAUAAACAUAGAAAUUCUACAGUAUGUCUCCCACCACUUUGCGUCUUUUGAGACAAUCGCUCUUUGCGUAUAUUACGGAUAAAGCUACUAAUGAGUUGCCCCAGAUUAUAAGCCCGUAACUUAGUACACAUGAUACCUAUCCGUGAUCUGUCCUUAAGACAAUUAUUCUCCGUGUUUCACGGAUACGCACCAUCUUUCUUAAACAGGGUGUCUCCCAUCAUGGGGCUUUAAAUCUCUAUUCUACUCGCUAAAUCGAGCUACUUUUACUAUGAGACUAAACCACAAAUCGCGAAAAAAUACACUUUUCCAUAGAAAACAUCAACAUCUAAUCAGCCAAAAUGUAUGAAAUACAAAAAAUCCUUCCUUGCAACGCAGAGAAUAACUGUUUUUAGGGCGGAUCACGGAUAGGUAUCGUGUGUAUUGAAUUACGGGCUUAUAAUCUGGGGCAACUCAUCAGUAGCUUUAUCCGUGAUAUACGCAAAGAGCGAUUGUC